CUUACUAAUUAAUUAAAAAAUUAAAUUAUAAAGAAUAAAAAUAAUGGCUGUUGAAAACGAUUUGGUUGAUAAUCGUUGGACGGUGAACGUUUUAAACGAUACCAUCUAUAACUCUCAGUGUCAGAUAAGAAGGAACGGGAACGAAUGUGUAAGCGGUGGUGGUACUUCCGGUGUUGUUGAAAAUAAUUUAGUGACAACUAAUAACGGUGACUGUUGUUUUCCGAACGAUCAAUGGCAUUAUUCGUCGACGGUGACGCCGAUGAAACAAAUCGAAGCAUGUUCACAAAGCGUUGGGAAAGAUCGGCGGGCUUAUUCACCUCUGGAACACGCGGAUGCUGUUACAUCUUUAGAUCAAGAUGUCGAUGGUGAUAAUAAUAAUAUACGGAAAGGAAACGAGGCGAAUUCUUUAGCGACAAUUUCUUCGGCUUUAAGUGCGGCGACGGCCGUUUUAGAAAUGAAAAAUCUCUGGGACGAAUUUUAUAAUUUAGGAACUGAAAUGAUCGUGACGAAAGCUGGGAGGAGAAUGUUUCCGACGUUUCAAGUGAGAUUAUGCGGCUUGGAUGUUCAUUCCGAGUAUAUGUUAAUGAUGGAUUUUGUCCCUUUGGAUGAUAAAAGAUAUCGAUACGCUUUUCAUAGUUCAAGUUGGGUUGUAGCUGGUAAAGCUGACCCAGUUUCACCCCCCAGGAUUCAUGUUCACCCAGAUAGUCCCGCAACGGGGGGGCAAUGGAUGAAACAAGUCGUUUCUUUCGAUAAAUUAAAAUUAACUAAUAAUCAACUCGAUGAUAAUGGACAUAUAAUUUUAAAUUCGAUGCAUCGAUAUCAGCCGAGAUUCCACAUAGUUUAUCUCCAAUCAAAAGAUGUUAAAAUUAGCGAGAAAACCAAAAACUUCAAAACGUUCGUGUUCUCCGAGACCGCCUUCACCGCCGUUACCGCAUACCAAAAUCACCGA